GCCUCUGUUUGGGAGGCAGAAUGUCUAUGUGAAAACUAAGAGACAAGUAUUCAAUAUGGUAAUGAUGACAACUCUGUUAUAUGGAGCAGAAACGUAUUUAUUAACAACAGCUCAGGAGAGGAAAUUAAACAGUUUUCAGUGUGAAAAGUUAUGACAUAUCCUUGACAUCCAUUGAUCUGAUUUUGUCACAAGCAGGAAGAUACUUAAAUGAUCCCAGCAAGUUGCAGUCUUGCAUUAGUUGAGAAGAAGACGACUGCAAUGGUGGGGGUAUGUGCAAUGUUCAGGAGACAGUAUGCUUUUACAGAAGGUUUAUAGAGAUGAGGAAGAAGGAAGUAGAGCACCAGUGCAACCAUGCAUGAGACUGAAAGAUGCAAUUUUGUGGGAUUUAAGAAACCUAAAUCAUCCUAUCCUGAUUCUUGUGAAAGGAAGAAGACUUGCAAAGGACCAUUCAAGAUGGAAACCCAUUCCACGUGCCACCAUGGCUGCGUUAGAGCCAUGUGUUUCUGCUGCUAUGGUGUGCUGAAGACUUUACAAAGCAAACCAACUUCAGAGACGCUUAGGAAGCCCUUCCUCAGAAUAACUUAUUGACCAAGUUCUUAGUGCUGAGGAGAUUUGUUAAGGCUGCUAAGUUGUUAAGGCUGCUCGGUGCUGCUGUUCUUGAAGCUCUGGUGCGAGCUGCAUGAGCACGAAAUGCAGCUUACCGAUUCAGCAGACCUCGAUUUUAUUCCUAAAGAAAGACCACAGGCUCUAUUUGGUGGUGAAGGCCCUCGGCCAGGUUUAUUGUCAGCAAAGCAUGGCAUUUGUGUCCUGUCCAAGGGGUCACAGGGACACUAACACGUGUAUUUCUGUGACAAGAUGGGACACCAGGGUCCUGUCCCCUCGGCCGAUACAAAUAUGUCCCUCAUAGGACCUCUUUAAUCCAUUGAUACAAACAAGUGACGUAUUACACUCUAGAUGCUGUUAGUUACCACCUUUAUCCUGGUACCUGCUAGAUAGAACAAAAUAUCCUCACCCAUUAUCCUGUCAUCCCAUCCUUAUUUUAUGAGAGGUCAAUGUGCUCUUGUACCAUCUCUUACGAAUGUGUUUACAUACUUACUUGAGAGAUCUAUAUGUUUUUGUAUCAUCCUCUGUGGUCAGGAAUGGGCCUAUCUGAUGCAUUACUAUUCUGUCAAAGCUCGGCCUACUCUGGUUCCCAGCCUUUGGUUAAAAGUUACUUAUGCUUAGGUUUCCAGCAAGGCCUACAGUAAACAGAUUAAAGCACUUUCCUGAGAGAUAAGAGACCUCCCUUCAAAUCUCUGCUCUAUAUCAGAUCGAGAAGGAAUUGCAUGAGGAUCUCCCAUGACCCAAAUGAGUUCCCUAACCACUAGGUUAAAGGUACUGUGGAGGCACUACGGUGCCCUGUGCUGCUUUGUAACUUUACUUAGUUUUUUUGUUUGUUUGUUUUGCCCUGGAUGAAACAAUUUGGCUUUUUUUUCUAAUUCACAAAUAGUAUUGGGUCAACCAAACUGCAUUUUUCAGUGACUAAACUACUUCUCUGAAAAAUUUUAUCCAGAUGUAUUCAGGAAAUCUCCUUCUUUGUCUCAUCUCCUGUUCUUUCCUGCCAUCUUAUACAGUCUAUUUGCUCCUUUCUCAUUCCUUAACCUGUGUAUCCAGCUAUUGGUGAUUUUUUAAGGAUGGCUGGCCAGUCCCCAUUCAUUUUCCUCCACUGCGCUCUUAUGGUAAUUAUACAUUAAGACUAGGACCUUCAAAGGAGUCUAAGGGAGAGGAAAUGUGCUGCUAUCUGUGCAUCUAACUCUUCCAGCUGCUUUAUGAAUCUGAGCCUAAAUUGACUGUCACUUGGAUGCAUACGAUAACCCAAGCCUCAGUGCUCUCAUUCUAAGGUACAAUAUAUUAUUGCUCAAGGGCUGACACAGCACAAUGUUACUGGAAGCUUGUUACAGAGAGUGAACUCCAGGGAUUGUCCCAGGAGGAGCAAGACAGUAUUUAAACAACUCUCGAGAAUCAGCUCCUAGCCUUGGAGUCAGCUAAGGAAAAGUUCUUUGCUUCACUCUCACUGAUAACCCAACACACCUUGAAGGGUUUCACUGAUCCAGGUAAAAAAUAUUGGAUCUCCUUGGAUGCUGUAUUCCAGAGACAGACAGACUAGAUAGACAAGUCGAUAAGGAGGUAGAUAGACUAAGCAAAGAGAAAAUCACAGGUCAGAAUGAUCUCACCAUAAAUAUGAUCUGUGCUUAAAAGCAGGUGAGUUGAUUCAUAUUUUUAUUCGUUUUAAAUUUUUGUAUCCUUUUCAUUUCAAAGGACCAGAUUCUGCCCCUCUUAUCUAGGGGUGAGUCUCUUCAGUUCUGUUAACUUCUGCCUGACUGAAGCAGUCUGCUCACACAGACUUGGUUACAGCAGAGGGACCAUUGUAGGCAAAACUGAUUUACUUGAAUCGCCCAGCUCUCUCUUUCUCUCUGUUUCUCAAGGCAGCACUGAAAUAGCUGAGAGCAGGGGUGUGUGUGUGUGUGUGUGUGAGGUCAGGGGAAGGGCAGUCUCUGGAAAAUGCCCUUGGAACUGAAUUUCCCUGUGCACAGAAUCUGCCUGUGUUGACAUUCUGGUUCUAGUACAAGGUCCAUCUCUCUGCUUAGGCAUUUGUCUCAUGAGCUGAUAAUGGAGGAAAGGUUCAGUUUCUCUCUAGGAUUGUAUGGGGACAAACAUCAUUUUGAUAUUGGACAGAACAUUGAUUUCAUUGCCUUUUCCAUUAAAAACUGAUGUUAAAAUAGCCAUUCACUUCCAGGAGGGCAGGAUAACUUCUCUACUAUAUGUACAGCCUGAUACUCAGACAUGCAGAAUAUUGAGUCAAAAAUCCCAUUGAGCUGGAGUUUAAGUGACUUAGGAGCAAAAGUUCCAUUGAUUUUCUAUCAGGUCGCUCUUUUCAAAAUCAUGUCACUAUAUCAAUAUAGUUUUUGAUGGUCACGUUCAUUUCUUCUUGAUAGUGUCUCUCCUAACCUUCUCAUAAACAAACUAGAGAAAUACAACCUAGAUGGAACUCGCAUAAAGUGUGUACAUAGCUGGCUGGGAAACAGUUCCCAGAGAGUAGUUAUCAGUGGUUCACAAUCAUGUUGGAAGGGCAUAACUAGUGAGGUCCCUCAGGGAUCGGUUCUUGGUCCGGUUUGGAUAAUGUAAAGAGAGUACACCUAUCAAGCUUGAGGAUAAUUGAGGAUAAUUCCAAGCUGGGAGCUGCUGCAAGUGCAUUGGAGGAUAGGAUUAUAAUUCAAAAUGAUCUGGACAAACUGGAGAAAUGGUCUGAAGUAAACAGGAUGAAAUUAAAUAAGGGUAAAUGCAAAGUACUAAACUUAGGAAGGAACAAUCAGUUGCACAUAUACGAAAUGGGAAAUGACUCCCAAGGAAGGAGUACUGCUGAAUGGGAUCUAGAGCUCAUAGUGAAUCAGAAGCAAAAUAUGAGUCAACAGUGUAACACUGUUGGAAAAAAAAAGCAUCAUUCUGGAAUGUAUUAGCAGGAGUGAUGUAAGUGAGACACGAGAAGUAAUUCUUCCACUCUAUUCCACGAUGAUUAGGCCUCAACUGGAGUAUUGUGUCCAAUUCUGGGUGCCACAUUUCAGGAAAGAUGUAGACAAAUUGGAAAAAGUCCAGAAAAGAGCAACAAAAAAAGAGCAACAAAAAAGGUUGUUAUUAGGAAGAGGGAGAAAAAUUGUUUUUCUUAACCUCUGAUCAUAGGACAAGAAGCAAUGGGCUAAAAUUGAGGCAAGGAUGGAAAACUUCUUAAUUGUCAGGGUGGUUAAGCACUGGAAUAAAUUGCCCAUGGAGGUUGCGGAAUCUCCAUGUUUGGAGAUUUUUAAGAGCAGGUUGGACAAACACCUGUCAGGGAUGGUCUAGAUAAUACUUAGUCCUACCUUGAGUGCAGGGGACUGGACUAGAUGACCUCUCAAGGUCCCGUCCAGUUUUGUGAUUCUUCUUCUUCCUGAAGAAUCCUAAUGAUUGUAAUAGGUAAGAAUCCAAUUAUAUACUACAGAUAUUAAUUUGUGUUUUCAACGAAAUAGUCUAGAACAACUGACAGAGUGUAAUUAUUUUUAUAGAUUUGGCCAGAUGUCCAGCUAUUUUCAAUUGGCCAUAGUUUCAUUGCAACCAGUCUGCCCAAUCCCAUGAUUGUGUGACACAGUUGUAGCUCUAUUGAAGUCAUAAGGCCAGAUUGCAGAGAGAGAAUAAAUUCCUCUAUAGCCUGGUGGCUUGAAUACUUACCCCACAUACAGAAGACCAAGUAUCCAGUAAGCCUACACUGCCUCUUUUAUGAUGUAUCCACCGCGGUACAGCUUCAAGAGGAGAAACUGAGGGAGCCCCACAUCAGACAAACCCUUAGUCAGAGCUGAGCAGGGUAUUUGUGAAUACCUGUAGGACCUGAUUCUGGGACUUAGGCAUCUAAAGUGGCAGUUAACUGCCCAAGUCUUUUUGUGUAUCCAGCCUAAUUUGUCUAUUUAAAACAAACAAAUACCAUAUCUCUUUCUCUCUCUCUCUAAAUUUAGUAUAGUUAAAACACACAUUUUACAGAAUGGAAUAGGACUCUCUUUACAUUCAGCCUAUGGAACAGAUGAUCUCCACAUACUAUUUUAAUUUAUUUGUAUGAUAGGUGUUAAUUUCAUUUUCUUUCUCGUCUUCCAGGUCACAGAUUUCCUGAAUAACUGACAAUGAAAAAUCAAACCACAGUGACCGAAUUUAUCCUCCUGGCACUUUCCAGUGACCCACAGAUGCAGAUUUUCCUCUUUCUCCUUUUUUUAGUUAUUUACCUAAUCACUCUGGGUGGUAAUAUAGUGAUCAUUGUGGUGAUAAGAGCUGAUUCUCACCUUCACACACCUAUGUACUUCUUUCUCUUCCAUUUAUCCUUUGUUGAUAUCUGCUAUUCCUCAGUCACGGUGCCUAAAAUGCUGAUGAACUUCCUAGUAGAGCACAAAACUAUUUCUGUCAAUGGCUGCAUUGCCCAGAUGUUCCUUAUUAUCCUCUCAGCUGGUGCUGAAAUUUUCAUUCUCUCAGCCAUGGCUUAUGACCGCUAUGCUGCCAUCUGUGAUCCAUUACAUUACGUGCAGACAAUGAGCAAAGGAAUCUGCGUUCAGCUGGUAAGUGGUGCAUGGACCAUGGGCUUCUUCUAUGCCCUUCUUAACACAAGUUUUGCCCUCAAGUUGCAUUUCUGUGGGCCCAUUCAAAUCAGUCAUUUCAGCUGUGAGCUCCCUCCUCUGUUACAACUGGCCUGCACUGACACCCUCACCAAUCAACUGGUGCUUCUUACUUCUUUUGUGAUAUUUGGGUCAAGCUCCUUCCUCCUCAUGCUGAUCUCCUACAUUUACAUCAUCUCCACCAUCCUGCGGAUACGCUCUGCAGAGGGCAGGCGUAAAGCCUUCUCCACCUGCAGCUCCCACCUGAUCGUGGUUGGUUUGUUGUACUUCACGGCUUUUUUCCAGUACACAAAACCCAGCUCAGUCUCCUCUGUGGUUCUGGAUGAAAUAUUCUCCAUCCAGUACAGCAUCUUGAACCCCAUGUUAAACCCCAUCAUCUACAGCCUGAAAAACAAGGAGGUGAAAACGGCUCUAAGGAAUAUAUUGGGGAAAUUCAGAUUUCUCAGUUAGUGUUGAUUCUCUCAUUUUUUGAAAGUCAGA